AUGUGUCCAUCCAGACAUUCACUUUCACAUAUAUACAUUGAGUUUCUUUUCUUGUUGGUUAAGACUCUUUCUCGAAAUAUCUAUUUUCCUUUCUUUUAUAUUUCCCUUUUGUCUGUACCAAUUUCAACACAUUCACAGUAUCAAUUAGACUCUACUGUUGCGUCCAUGGCUGAUUUGUCCCCAAGAACCGUGCUUGUAACCGGAUCUGGUGGUCGCACAGGACAAAUUGUGUAUAAAAAAUUAAAAGAGAGGCAAAAUCAGUAUGUUACCAGAGGCCUUGUUAGAACAGAAGAAAGUAAACAGAAAAUUGGCGGUGCAAAUGAUGUUUUUGUUGGGGAUAUCAGAGAUGCUGAAAGUAUUACUCCUGCAUUUCAAGGUAUAGAUGCUCUCAUAAUCCUCACAAGUGCAGUUCCACAACCCGGUGGUUUGCUAGAUAAAGAAGGAGGGAUUAGGGAACUGAUUGUGGGAAAAGAUGACGAGCUUCUUCAGACUGAAACCAAAACCAUUCCUCGAGCUGAUGUUGCCGAAGUCUGCAUUCAGGCACUGAAUUUUGAGGAGGUCCAAUUCAAGGCAUUUGACUUGGCAUCAAAACCUGAAGGAGUGGGUACCCCAACGAAGGACUUCAAGGCUUUGUUUUCCAAUAUCACAGCUCGUUUUUGAUAGAUAAUGCAAUGGGCGUUAUUUAUUAACUGAAGAGGGAUGCCCUAUAAUCAUCAAUGCUCAAUAAAUGAUUUGGAAAUCAUGUUAAAGAUUAUGGACACCAAAAUAAAUAAUGUAGCUCCAUAAUACCAUUGAAUAAAAAAAAUUCAUAUUUAUGCUUUUAAUUCUUUAUAAUUUCUUUCUAGAUGUUUUAAAUUGUACGUAAUUUUUUAAGAUUUUUAAAAUUGCUGUAAGCCUACAAUUAGGAAGAAUGAAUUUAUUAUUGACAAAGUCA